CUGCAAAAUGAACAGGGUUAAAGUUCUGCAGGUCUGGCUGUGUUGUGUGUCGCUGUGGCGUUUCUGGGUUUCUCACGCCGUUCCUCUGGACUGUAAGGACGAGACCGGAUCUCUCACACACUGUACUUCAAUCUCCCAGGAGAAACUUCUAGAUCGUGUCAUCCAACAUGCAGAGCUCAUCUACCGUGUGUCUGAAGAGUCAUGCACUCUUUUUGAGGAGAUGUUUGUCCCGUAUCCUCUGUAUGCUUUGAGAAACCAGGGAGGAAACAUGUGCCACAGCAAGCCCUUCCCGAUCCCAAGCUCCAAGAGUGAGAUUCAGCAGAUAUCGGAUAAAUGGCUCCUUCACUCGGUCCUGAUUCUGGUGCAGUCGUGGAUGGAGCCGCUGCUGUAUCUGCAAACUACUCUGGAUCGUUACGAUGACGCCCCCGACGCUCUGCUCAACAAGACCAAGUGGGUUUCUGAUAAACUGCUCAGCCUGGAGCAGGGGGUGGUGGUCCUCAUCCGCAAGAUGCUGGAUGAAGGAAUUCUGACGUCCUCGUCCGCCAUCGAACACGCGCUGGCUCCAUACGAUGGACAAUCUCCAGAGGUGCUGGAGUCUGUCCUCAGGGACUACAACCUUCUCACCUGCUUCAAGAAGGACGCCCACAAGAUGGAGACCUUCCUCAAGCUGCUCAAAUGCCGUCAGAGCAACAAGCUCAGUUGUCUUUCCCACUAAAUAUGCUUCUUGUAUGGAAAGAAAAAGCUUUAUUUUG